UACUAGAAUCGUUGGUCGCUCUUUGGUUUCUCUUUGCUACAUAUUCUAUCUCUCGUAGCUAAGUUCAGGUGGCAGCUGCGGCGCUCGUUGCGUUCGAGUGGCUGAGUGGCACAGCUUUCCCUCUCGUUGGGGGCGCGAGGAAAGAGAGGUUAGGCUUGCUUGUGGCAAUGGCGGCGAUAAAGGGCCUGGGUAGGAAUAUCCCUUACUUGAGGCAACAGGCUGCAGCUCUGCUGGGCAACACCAGCACCAGCGUGAAAUCCAUCUGCGUGGUCGUAUUGUUUUCUUACUGCUUAUCCUUCUCCAAAGAGGCGGUGCGCAUCCUGAGCGUGACGCCAGGUUACCUGCUGCCGCCGGUCUUCUGGUUCUGGACGGCCUUCACCUUCUGCUUCCUCGAGAUACACUUCUGGGAGGUGUGCGUGGACGUUGUGACUGUCGGCCUCUGCGGCAAACUGAUCGAGCCGCUAUGGGGCGCCUUCGAGAUGAUGACGUUCUUCGCCAUCGUCAACUUCGGCGUCGCCGUACUUUCAGCGCUCUUCUACCUGUUUCUCUACAUGUGCACCAGUAAUCCGGACUUGUUAUUUAACAUACACAUACAUGGUUUGACCGGCUAUAUUGCAGGAGUGGCAGUAGCAGUGAAGCAAAUAAUGCCCGAUCAUAUCUUAAUUAAGACACCUAUUGGAAAGAUCACAAAUAGAAAUAUACCAUUAAUGGUAUGGAUUGUGGGAUUAAUAUUAUGGCUAGUUGGGUUGUUAGAAGGUACUCAUCCUACCAUGUUUCUCAGUGGAUUAUUGAUGUCUUGGAUAUACCUGAGAUUUUAUCAGAAACACAACAAUGGUACUCGAGGAGAUAUGGCUGAUAAUUUCACAUUUGCAAGUUUUUUCCCAAAUGUCUUGCAGCCACCAAUAGCAGUAGUGAGCAACACUGUACAUGGAUUUUUUGUGCGAAUCGGACUCUGCCGAAAAGUAGUGAGAAGAUUUGACAUGUCCAACACACCGCCUGGUUUGGUUAUUAAUCUUCCUGGUAUUGAUCCUCACGAUAGCGAACGACGUCGACAAAUAGCAUUGAAAGCACUCAGCGAGAGAUUGAGUAGAGAUCACACAAAACCUUGGCAACCGGACAGAGCUAAGAAACACUCUCCAGUGCCUCCCGCGGUUUCCAUACCGAUACCUGAAACUACGCCUAAACCACUCGCGUCUCCACUCAUUCCACAAGUCAAUGUCAAUAUACAUAAUCAUCCCACUAGCAGUACGUGAUUAUACGAGACUGACUGAUUUCACUAGGUUUAUAAAUUACACUGAAAAGCUUCUAAAGGGUAAACAUAAGGCUUAUAAUAUGGCUAUAUUCAAUAACGAGUAUAAAUCCUAUUUUUUUUAAUCGUGUGAAUAUAGAUAGAACGUGUUUAUUAUAAUUACCACUAUAAGUUAUUUUCACAGAGUGAGUAUGAUUAAAUUUCAUGUAAAUUAGUAACAUACAUAUAAUUAAUCCUAUUAUUCAUAAGAAUAUUUAUAAUAUUCAUUCGUUAACAAAACAUAUUUUAUUUAUUCUUAUAACAUUUAUAUUGCACGAAUAGAAUCGUAGAAAAAUUCUACAACUAACUUAAAUAACUAACUUAAAUAACUCAGAGACUUAUAAAGAAAAUUUUCUUUUUAAAAAAAACUUCAAUGUCAUUAUGUAUGAAAUUGCCAACUUUAUGUAAAUGUGAUUAGCAAGUUUUAAUUUUUUCACGCAGAAAGAGUUAUGUUAACUUCACAAAGAAUAAAUUAAUUAAUGCGAAGAUUUUCUGUUACAAAGAAAAUAUACUGCCAUAAAGGAGAUC